UUUCCGCUUUCUACUGGGCACGCUCAGAUCCCCUCGGACUGGGAGGGUCCUGCACGUGUGUGCGAAUGCAAACGUUUGACUCACGUGUUUGUGGUCAGAGUUCAGUCCCCCGGGAGCCUCGUGCAGAAUGAGUUCAGCCGGAGGAGGAUCGGCCCUGCAGGUCCACGCGGUCCGGUUCGGUCCAGGUCAGGAGCUGUUGGGAUCUCUGGAGGCGUUCGUGGAGGAGAGGCGACUGCGGGCGCCGUUCAUCAUCACCUGCGUGGGCAGCGUCACCAAGGCAACACUCCGGCUGGCAAACGCCACGGCAACAAAAACAAAUGAGGUGAUCCACCUCACCGGGAGGUUUGAGAUCGUCUCCCUGGUGGGCACGCUGAACCCGGACGCCCACCUCCACAUCUGCCUGGCGGACACCGAGGGAAGGACGGUCGGCGGUCACGUGCUGGGGGGUCUGGAGCUCUUCACCACAGCCGAGGUGGUCGUCGGUGAGGCGGUCGACCUGCGGUUCACCAGAGAGAUGGACGAGCGCACGGGUUUCCCCGAGCUCGUGGUUCAACCCUGCUCACAGACGGACAGGUCGGCCUGAUUCGAAUGGCCAUACCAGCCGGGUGGUGUUUUGUCAGUUAAAGCGAUGGUAUGUUGUUGCCUGCUGUGGCUGGUGGAUCUCGUAAGAGACGUCAGUCAGAGACAGUUGAAGGAGUAAAAAUGGAUUUACCAUAGAUGUCGUUGAGGUUUUUAAUCAUAUUAAAAUAUCUUUUAAUCAUAUUGUAAAGAUUCUAUAGUGUAAUUUCAUUGUAGCUGUAUUAUAGGCUAUAGGCCUAUGUACAAACAAAUAAAAGAACAAACCGACAACUAGACUACUUAUCCGUAGCCGCGGUAGCUGGGCUCAUCUUGCACCUAUGGCUUUACUGGCGUCACGUUGCAAAUUCGGUGUAUUAUGUCCUCUGUGAGUUUAUUUUUCCUGUGGUGAAGCUGCAUUGACGCAU